GCUGCCUUAGGAUAAACCUGUGGGACUGACGACGGAUGGAGCGUACUAUGUUUAGCCUACUUAUUUCAAUAAGUGUCCGCGUUACACACUCGGUAUUUUACCUUGUCCAGUUGUGUGCGUGUGUGUAUGUGUGUGAGUGCGUGCGUGUGUGCUAGCUUGAAACGAACAAUGCUAAACAACAUAAUCUGUGUGUGUUAUGAGGCUAACCAGGCCCGUGUUUGUGUUUCUUCGUAGGCUCAAGUGUGUGGUUGUGAGAUCGUCUCGAAAUCCUUUCAACACUUUUUUUUAUUAUUUAAGUGUCCUCCCUGUUGAGAGCAAUCGAAUCAACGUGACUCUUUCGCAUGCCCACUGACCAGAUUGAUUUUUCCAAAGAAUUGCCCUUGGUGUUUGCAGAGUUCCACCGAAUCAACAACGUUAACCUGCGCAAUCAAUUCUACAAGGAGCUGGACAGACACACGCCUAAACUCAUCACUUUGUUCAGAGACAAGGCCACAAAGACUGGCAAGAUAGCGGAGCAGCUAGCCAAGCUUAUGAGGAUUUCUGACCUUCAGGAACAACCUGAUGUAAAUAUGAGACGGGCCCUCGUCCUUUAUGCACUUCCUGUGUACCUGCGUGAAGAUGCCUCCAAGUUCUUCAGGACCUGUAAUUCAGCAGAUGGUCCAGACCUCACUGAGACUCCGGUGGCUCUCCUGACAGUCGUCACAGAUGACACUGCUGAUGCGGCCCUCUUCAGCCCUGAGAGCAUCUCUAUCGUCGUGGAGGAUGAAAUACUUGUGAGUGGUCCCACAAAUCUGGCUGACUCCUUUCUCCUGCUAUUUGGGUACGUCUAUGCACUAGACCUACAGUACCCAAAGAACCUUGAGCUUACAUUCACAUUUAUCCAGAAAGUUGUGAUGUGUCUUGAGGACAACAAACCACUGAAAGGGCGUCUACUGACGCUGAAGACUGAUCUGUUCAAUGUGUGAAUCACUCAGAAUGGACUAUUUGUUGAGCCGAGUAUAGAGGAAGUUUUUUGUUUUUUCCCCUCCUUUACAAAAUGCUAUCAUUUGCCUCUUCUACCUCAGAUUGAAGAUGUGCCUACUGUUCAAUUCAUGCACUGUACAUGUGUUAUGUUCUGUUGCCUAAUGCCUUUUUGAUGCACUACCUGCUAUUGCCAGUUGAAGUACGGCACAGUACAAAGCAGCACUUUAUUUGAAUGUUUUAUUUUUUUUUAAAAAGUGAGUUGCAGACUAUUUGUUAAACUGAGUGUUGAGGAAGGGUUUCUCCCCCCCCACUCUUGACAUAUUUAACAAUUUGCCUCUUCAACCUCAGAUUUAAGAUGUGGCACAGUUUGCCUCUUCUACCUCAGAUGUAACCCAUUGAUUGCUAAUACAUAAAUAUCACAACAUUGAUAUAUUGCCUAGCACAAGUUUAUGCACUGAAUAGCGUCUGUUAAAUUCAUGCACGUCACAUGUUCAAUGUUCUGUUGCCAAAUGCCUACCUUGAUGCACUACUUUGAUGUUGCCAGUUGAAGUACAGCACAGUAGAAACAAGUACUUUUUUGAUUUGUUUUAGUUUGAAAAAGUGAGUUGCAGCCUUCAAGGUACAGUAGGUGCCAAAAUGUUUUUACAGUGUUACAUUUCUCCACAUUCUAAUAGUUGUCAUUGCUGUUGAGGGUGGAUUAUACUUAAAAUUUUAUUGAAUUUUAUCAUGAAUCCUUAGUGAGUUUUUAUCAUAAUCUUUACUUGAUAAUAUGAGAUGGAGACCUGAAAUAUUGAAUCUACCCUUUGUAGCAAUGACCACUAUCAGAGUAUGGAACUAUUAACACUUACUGUACUUUAAAACACAUUUUGUUUGGCUAGAGUCAUUUCCUUUUCCUUUUUUUUUAAUUUAUGAUAAGCACUUUGUUUUGACUGAGCUCCUUUGAUUCGUGCAUUUUAAAAAGCACAUUGUGUUGAAUAAAAAAGUUGUUAAAUUGU